GAACCACUCAUGCUCAAUGAUCUUCUGGGCAGAUCUAGCACUAGUAGUGCGACAUUUGAAUGUCUCAAUCUUGUUUCUCCUCCAUGGAUCACUAAUUCAUCCCUCAGCGAGUGAUCUUCACGCACAGGGUGUAAAGAAGAUCAAUUUGGUGAUCAUUACUCGAUCGUUGGAAGGGAAAUUCUCUCAAAUCUCUUUGGAAUUUUUCACAAGUUGGCGGGCCUGGCCACCUGGAGACAUUCACAGGCCUGCAAAACGCCUCUUUACUCCGGAAAUUAAGAAACUCCUGAAAGAUUGGCUCGUCCGUAGGCGUGACAAUCCCUAUCCAACGCGCCAGGAGAAGACGGAAAUUUCUAUGCAGACAGGACUGACCUACACUCAAAUUUGCAAUUGGUUCGCAAAUUGGCGCCGAAAGCUUAAGAACUCAGGAAGGGAACCCGCUAAGAAGACUUGGGGUCACUUGAUAAAGAACUAUAACACCAAUGCAAAGGGAAAUGUCGAGCAGUUCAGUAUCUGCUCCGGUGAUAGCAUCUGGGGAGAUAAUUCCCCAAGGCCUGACUCACCUUUUGACGCCCACAUCGUCAAUGGGAACUACCUCUAUAACCCCGAUGUCUUUGGGCACAUCCCAGAGGACAAUUUGGAUGAGAAUGGGGGAUCUUCAAGCAGAAGUUUUGUACAGCAGAAAGGACGAAAUGGCUUUUCUGGCUACUCAGACAGGGUGAAUGUGUGGGGAUCAUUUGUUUCGGAGGAAAUCUCCCCUGGAACAAAGGCCAAGUACAAGAGCCACAUUAUGGAAAAGUAUCUUCAGGAUGUGGAAUCGGAGCAGAGUAAAAUUGGCGUGCCGGAGCUGUCCAAGUGGCUCGAAAGUACGGCAAAUUUUACACCCAGCAAAAAUAACUAUAUCGAUUGGAAUCCCGGAAUUGGGAAAGGUGAAAAGAAGGCCAGCAGGAGUCAUGAUUGUGCCACCGGAAAUGACUUCCGGAUCCACCAAAAGGAGGAAUUAGACGCCGCAGAGGCACUCACGAGUCUUGCGGGGAAUUUUCACUCCAGAAAAUCCAUUCAGAGCAACUAGAAGCCUUCCUGGCAAUGUGAUCCCAAGUCUCUCUAGUCUACGGAAUCUUUAGUGCAAUUUGUUUUUUCUUGUGACUCCUGCUUGAGAAAGUUUGCCCAGGCUAUUCCCAGGCAGACGCAUUCCAGUGAUAUUUUUGCUUGUAACAUUUCUUGAGUGUAUGGAUUGUAGGGGAAUUUAGGGUUGAGAAUAAAAUUAAGAGACUUUGUCUUUAGAAAUUAUAA